AUGAGGUCCCUCGCACUGGUGUUUAUCACUUUAUUUUGUAUCUCAUGUCCUUAUACCAAAGUCGAAGAGAGUUUCAACCUUCAAGCAACGCACGACAUUCUCCAUUACGGCUCUGAUAUCGCCAACUACGAUCAUGUCGAAUUCCCUGGUGUCGUUCCACGUACAUUCAUCGGCUCGCUUGUUCUCGGUGCCAUCACCAAGAUGAUCCUUUUUGUUAUGCCUUCAGACCUUCAACUGGUCGUCAAUGAACAAUUGAUUGUGCGACUUGUCCUCGGCACCAUUGUGGCAGCAGCAUUGACACGCUUUCAAACAGCUGUGGGCAAGUUGUUUGGUUCAGGUGCUUCUACUGCCUUUGCUUUGCUUACUUGUUGUCAAUUCCAUAUUCUAUUUUGGUCCAGUCGUACGCUUCCCAACACGCUCGCUCUACCACUUGUAUUGAUGGGAAUGGCAGCAUGGAUUGAAAGUCUUGCUGUACAGCAACAACAACGUGUUCAGCAUUUACAACGCAUGAUUUGGUAUCUGGCACCUGCAGGCAUUAUCUUCCGUUUCGAAGCCGGCAUUUUAUUGGCCAUCUUGGUGAUGAUUGAAUGGAUUGGCUAUCACAACCUUCCUUUGACAGCCUUGUUGAAGCAUGGCAUUCUCUCAGUGAUACUCAGCUUGGUAUUGACCAUCUUGGUGGAUUCAUUCUUUUGGCAACGGUGGUUAUGGCCUGAAGGCGAAGUGUUUUAUUUCAAUGCCAUCUUGAACAAGAGCUCAGAGUGGGGCACAAUGCCGUUCUAUGCCUACUUUUUGUUAUUCUUACCUCGCAUCUUGAUGGUGUCCUAUCCACUCGCUUUACUUGCUUAUUGCCGUGAUGCCACAGUACGUCGACUCUUGAUGCCAUCCUUGAUUUAUAUCGGCCUCUUCUCUUGUCUACCUCAUAAGGAAUGGCGCUUCAUCAUUUACACGAUCCCUGUAUGGACAGCAGCAGCAGCAGCUUCGGUGGUUGGAUGGAUGCGAUCAAGGUUGGGUUUGGCAUUGGUGCUCUCAGGGGGGCUAGCAUCCAUUGUUGGUUCGGUGGUCAUGUUAUCGAUCUCUAUGCAGAAUUAUCCUGGUGGUGAAGCAUUGGCACGGUUGCAUUUACUUGAGCCAUCAACACAACCCCUUCAUGUGCAUUUGGAUGUGCCCACAGCAAUGACAGGAGCAUCACGUUUUGGUGAAUUAUUCAGACCCGUGUGGCGUUAUUCCAAGGAUGAAUCACACAAAAGUGCAGACGACUACAUCGAGGCCGAAUACACCCAUCUCAUCACAAGUCAUCCUGAAAUGCAUAAUGACCACUUUAUCGUCGUGGAUGAGAUUCGAGGAUUGGAUUCUGUACGCCUCAAGACACCAAAGACCUAUAUCCAAGACCUACGACAAUUCAUUUCGAAUCGGCAUUUGGACGCCAUACUACCAUUGAAUAUCGUCACAGCACCCAAACUUUUCAUUAUGAAGCUACGAGGACAUCCACAGACACAAUGGGUCCAUCACACCAUUGAAAAGUAUCCCAUGGUCUUGUAUAGCAAAACGUAUUGCCCAUUUUGUCGUCGAGCCAAGCAGAUCCUCAAUAUCCACUGCAGGAAUUACAAGGUGAUCGAAGUGGAUUUACGUCCUGACGACAUCGCCAUGAAGGAAGCAUUGUUUACUAUCUCUGGAAGGCGCACAUUCCCCAACUUGUUUCUACAUGGCAAGAGCAUCGGUGGUUCAGAUGAUAUUGUAUUGCUACAAAGCCAAGGGCGACUUGCAGAGAUCUUGCCUUGUUGA